AAGCUGAUGGGUGCUGUGUCUCUCCAAAUUUUUAGAUCCAGAUAUACAUUGGGUAACUUCAUAGGUUUUCAAAGGAACAGUCUUCUGAGCAAAUCUGAAAACUCUCUAAACUCCAUUGCUAUACAGAGAGAAGGAGGAAGAGAGAAGGUAACAAGGAAAGAAGGAUGGAAGAGAGGGCAUGAGGACAGUUAUUUGGAAAUGGCACAGAGGCAUUUACAGAGAUCAUUAUAUCCUUGGGUCCUUUACCUUCCUCAGCCCUACGCAGAGCUUGAAGCAGUCAUCAGCCAUGUUGGAAAAGUGCUCAUGGCAAGGAACUGAGAGGCCUCUAAGGACUUCAGGCAGCAUCUAGAAUGAAUGUGAACAUACUACUACAACCAGCAAAAAGACCAGUCAUGCAACCACAAGGAAUUAACUUCUACCAAAGUCCACGGAUGCACACUGAGUUCUCUGUCAGGGAAGGGGAAGAAGAUGAGCACUCAGCAUCCAUCCAAUCUCUCCAACGGGAGACCGCAGCUCUUCCCUCAUACCCUUCAGGGGGAUGCUGAGCCUAAGGCCAGGAAACCAUUUUGGACACUGCUUUGCAAGUCCUGCAAAGCAAGUCUGUGCCUCCCUUUGGAAUGUGGAGUGGUUGGUACCUGA